CUAGCAGCUGAGAACCUCGCCGGAGUAUUACCACGGUGUUCAGUAACACAGACCUGUGCCAUGAGCAAGGAGAGCUCUGAGCAAGUGUGAGGGUCAAUAUUUAUAGACCACUACGUAGCUGCCUUGCAGAGGGACAAGGAGAAACACGCACACCCAGAGCCAGGCAAGGAAGACAACAGUGGAGGGAACUUUAAUUUUGAAUGUUUGUUCUGAAGAAAAUUUCUUUCUGUCAGGUUCAAACUUCUGCUGAAUCACAACCAUUUGGCGCUGAGCUAUGACAAGAGAGGAAACAAAAAGUUAAAGGAGCAACCGGGGCCAUACGUGAAGAGAGAAGUCCAUUGAUAACAUGCUCUUACGAAGCUCAGGAAAAUUAAAUGUGGGCACCAAGAAAGAGGACGGCGAGAGUGCAGCCCCCACUCCUCGCCCCAAGAUUCUUCGUUGUAAAUGCCACCACCACUGUCCAGAAGACUCAGUCAACAAUAUCUGCAGCACAGAUGGGUACUGCUUCACAAUGAUAGAAGAAGAUGACUCUGGGACGCCUGUUGUCACCUCUGGAUGUCUAGGACUAGAAGGGUCAGAUUUUCAAUGUCGCGACACUCCCAUCCCUCAUCAAAGAAGAUCAAUUGAAUGCUGCACAGAAAGGAAUGAAUGCAAUAAAGACCUUCACCCUACUCUGCCUCCACUGAAGAACAGAGAUUUUGUUGAUGGACCUAUUCACCACAAGGCCUUACUUAUAUCUGUGACUGUCUGUAGUUUACUCUUGGUCCUCAUUAUUUUGUUCUGUUACUUCAGGUAUAAACGACAAGAAGCCAGGCCUCGGUACAGCAUUGGGCUAGAGCAGGAUGAGACUUACAUUCCUCCUGGAGAGUCCCUGAGAGACUUGAUCGAGCAGUCUCAGAGCUCGGGAAGUGGAUCAGGUCUCCCUCUGCUGGUCCAAAGGACAAUAGCUAAGCAAAUUCAGAUGGUGAAGCAAAUUGGAAAAGGUCGCUAUGGGGAAGUGUGGAUGGGAAAGUGGCGUGGAGAAAAGGUAGCCGUGAAAGUGUUCUUCACUACUGAGGAAGCCAGCUGGUUCCGAGAGACGGAGAUCUAUCAGACGGUCCUGAUGAGGCAUGAAAACAUUCUGGGGUUUAUUGCUGCGGAUAUUAAAGGGACUGGGUCCUGGACUCAGUUAUACCUCAUCACAGACUAUCAUGAAAAUGGUUCUCUUUAUGACUAUCUGAAAUCCACCACCCUAGAUGCAAAGUCCAUGCUGAAGUUAGCCUAUUCUUCCGUCAGCGGCCUAUGCCACUUACACACAGAAAUCUUCAGUACUCAAGGCAAACCAGCAAUUGCCCAUCGAGACUUGAAAAGUAAGAACAUCCUGGUGAAGAAAAACGGGACUUGCUGCAUAGCAGACCUGGGCUUGGCUGUCAAGUUCAUCAGUGAUACAAAUGAGGUUGACAUUCCGCCCAACACACGGGUUGGCACCAAGCGCUAUAUGCCUCCAGAAGUGCUGGACGAGAGCUUGAAUAGAAAUCAUUUCCAGUCUUAUAUCAUGGCUGACAUGUACAGUUUUGGACUCAUCCUCUGGGAGAUUGCAAGGAGAUGUGUUUCUGGAGGUAUAGUGGAAGAAUACCAACUUCCUUAUCAUGACCUGGUGCCUAGUGACCCUUCUUAUGAGGACAUGAGAGAAAUUGUGUGCAUUAAGAAGUUAAGGCCUUCAUUCCCCAAUCGGUGGAGUAGUGAUGAGUGUCUCAGGCAGAUGGGGAAGCUUAUGACAGAGUGUUGGGCUCACAAUCCUGCCUCCAGGCUGACAGCCUUGCGAGUUAAGAAAACACUUGCCAAAAUGUCAGAGUCCCAGGACAUUAAGCUCUGACGCUGGAUACUCGUGGACUGAGCAAGAGAAUUUACAGAAACAUCUGUAGCCUAAGCCUUGAACAUUGUCCUGCUGCCCAAUGGCUUCAGACUUCCCCUCACAGGGAGCAAGCUGGACAGACAUAGAAGGCCCCAGAGACACAGAGUCCUUAUGGCUUUCUGAGGAGGGGAAACCAUUUGGGUAACUUGUUCAAGAUAUGAUUCAUGUUGCUUUCUAAGAAAGCCCUGUAUUUUGUGAUAGCCAUUUUUUUAAAAAGAUACUUUAAUUUUACCAAAAUAAAACAAAUAUUGUAGAUGUUUUAAGGUUUAUACAACUAUAGUUUAAAUAAUAACAAAAGUUCUUUCUAGAAAAUUUCCUAGAAGUCUAAAUGUUUUUCCAUUGGCAAAAUACUCUUGCACUCUACAAACCCAAACAGUCUGAGAACGUAGAUUAGAAUUCAACUUCUCUGAUUCACUGCCCCAGCCACCAAAGCCUGUUUGGGCCAGCCCUGCUGAAAGGCUGCCAGGGCAGUGUGAAUAUACAUGCAUCCAAGUCCCACCUGUCUGGGACCACAGUUUGGAAUCCUGAAGGCGGACCUCUUGCAGCUUCAGCCAGUGUGGAACAAAUGAAGGUUUUAUGUCACUAAUAGAGGUAUGUGUUGGUGGGUAUUCUUCAGAACCACACUUGUUUCUGGUUGUAUUAGACAGAUCUUUCAGGUAAAUCCUCUCCAUUUCAUUAAAUACAAGCAAAGGCUUCCUCAUGUGCAGAGAAUCGGCACGGGCAUGCUUUUUGUUCUCGUAAAUCAGAAGAUCAAUAUUAAAUAAAACUACCAUGAGUAUGGUAGAGACGAGGUACUUUAAAAUAGAAAUGAUUUAGAAAAACAUGCCAGUAAGGCAGGGCAGAUAUUGAAGGUGUAGAUAGAUGGCUUGUUCCUGAUAUAUGCAUAAGAGCCUGACACAGAAACACAGGAAAGAAAUAUACACAUCACCGUUUGUUUAGAUACAGAUAGUUGUAUGUUGUUGUCUUUUUCUAAAUCUCAGAUUUAAGAGGCAGAGAGGAAGCAUCUGUCAGGUUAUUAUCACUAAAGUUCAAUUUAAAAAUAAGCUUCAAGUGGUUGAGCAGAGGGAAGUUAACGAAGGUCAUCAAACACCAUGGCUGCUGUGAUUUAUUCUAGAAUAGAUAUGGAUCCGGUAGGGACAUCUUAAUUAAUUGUUUCACACCUUAGGUAUGACUCAUUCAUUCUAAUGUGCAUUUCACUAUUAACUUAUUCUGUUUCUCCAUUAUGGCAUGUGUAAAAAACAUCUUCUGAUUCAGUCCUGUGAGGUUUUAACUUUUGACUAUAUGAACAAAAUCACUAAUAAGCCAAUAUUCCUUAGAAACAGGAUCACAGUAAAGUGGAAAAUGCCACAUGACCCUUGCAACUUUAUCCAUUUAUUUCCCUACUGUGUUUCUUCCUUAAUGACUAGAAAUUACUUACUGGUUAUUAAGGAAUGUUGAAGUACUUUGCCUUAGAAAAUGACAUUCCUUCCAGAAUACUCCAGGGGGCAGUGUUUUCUUAUACAUUUCACCACUGGGUGCUUGAAAGAUGGAGAAUUUAAGAAAAAUUGACAGCUGCAUGAGAAAGGAGGAAAUAUUUCCCUCUUCUCUGGAGUAGACGUUCAGCUGGUAGGCUGUUGAUCCGGAAAAGAUCCUGGAGCUACAGUGUCUGUGAGCAGUGCUCGGAGUUUGGGAAAACUGUAGAGAAGAGCCCUGU